GUUUCCAUAUAUAAGAAAACCAGAGUAUAUUACACUAGUGCCAUUGCAGAAGAUUUCAAGAGUUAAACAACUAGUUAUAAAGCACUGCUAAAUUUGAUAAGCUUCAUAACCUCCUCCGCUAGCUCCAAUUCCUAUUCGGAGUUCUAGACAACAAUUCAUUCGAGCCAAACGAGGUUUCAUCCUGUUAUAUAUAUAAACCCCGUGGAGACCGACCUAGGAGCCAAGAGAAUCUUCCCUAUUCCUAUGCAAACCUCAGUUUCUAUUCUCCCUGCACUUUAAAACAGGAUAAGUUACCAGAAGUAUAACAUUUUAUAUACUGCCUGAAUUCUCCAAUAUGAGGUCGGAAAGACAUGUCAUGAAGAUGAAAGACUUGAAGUUCGGGCCUCAACUGAUAGCUACACUUCUGGUUCUGUGCUUCUGUUACACGUAUGCGGUAGCAGAAGUGAAGAAGCAAACGAAGGAGACUUUCAUAAUUCAAAUGGACAAGUCCAAUAUGCCAGCGACUUACUAUGAUCAUUUCCAAUGGUAUGAUUCGUCUUUAAAAUCCGUAUCAGAAUCUGCUGACAUGCUUUACACUUACAACAACAUAAUCCAUGGCUUUUCCACCCAACUCACACCAGAGGAAGCUGAAUUACUUGAAAAACAAUCUGGAAUUCUAUCGGUCCUACCUGAAAUGAUUUACAAGCUGCACACAACUCAUACCCCGGAGUUCCUUGGAUUGGGAAAAAGUGAUGCUGUCCUCCUCCCUGCAUCUGCCUCCCUAAGUGAGGUGAUUGUUGGAGUACUGGACACCGGUGUCUGGCCAGAGAUAAAAAGCUUUGAAGACACAGGGCUUGGCCCAAUACCAAGUACCUGGAAAGGUUCUUGUGAGGUGGGUAAGAACUUCAAUUCAUCAAGCUGUAACCGGAAACUGAUAGGUGCACAAUAUUUCUCAAAAGGGUAUGAAGCAGCAUUCGGACCUAUUGACGAAACAAUGGAGUCAAAAUCACCAAGAGACGAUGAUGGCCAUGGAACCCACACUGCAACUACAGCAGCUGGAUCAGCUGUCUCAGGAGCUAGCCUUUUCGGGUAUGCUUCUGGGAUAGCACGUGGAAUGGCUACAGAAGCUCGAGUAGCAGCUUACAAGGUGUGUUGGUUGGGUGGAUGUUUUAGCUCUGAUAUUUUAGCAGCAAUGGAAAAGGCUGUUGCAGAUGGCGUUAAUGUCAUGUCAAUGUCUAUUGGAGGAGGACUCUCAGAUUACACUCGAGAUACAGUUGCGAUUGGAGCUUUCCGAGCAGCAGCACAGGGAAUUCUUGUCUCAUGCUCGGCUGGAAAUGGUGGGCCAAGUCCAGGCAGCUUGUCUAAUGUCGCUCCUUGGAUAACAACUGUAGGUGCUGGAACGUUGGACCGUGAUUUCCCAGCCUUUGUGAGCCUUGGAGAUGGUAAGAAGUACUCGGGUAUAUCGCUUUAUAGUGGAAAGCCAUUAUCUGAUUCGUUGGUGCCCCUGGUUUAUGCUGGUAACGUGAGCAAUUCCACAAGCGGCAGCCUUUGCAUGAUAGGAACUUUAAUUCCUGCACAGGUUGCAGGGAAAAUUGUGAUAUGUGAUCGAGGGGGGAAUAGCAGGGUCCAAAAGGGCUUGGUGGUGAAAGAUUCUGGUGGCCUAGGGAUGAUUCUUGCAAACACAGAGCUGUAUGGGGAAGAGCUAGUCGCUGACGCACAUCUUCUUCCGACAGCCGCUGUGGGCAUAAGAACCGCAAAUGCAAUUAAGAAUUAUGCCUUCCUUGAUCCAAAGCCAAUGGGCACGAUUGCUUCUGGAGGUACAAAGCUUGGAGUUGAACCAUCGCCUGUGGUAGCGGCAUUCAGUUCCAGAGGUCCAAAUCUGGUCACUCCAGAAGUACUCAAACCAGACCUAAUAGCACCAGGAGUCAACAUACUAGCGGGAUGGACUGGGGGAGCUGGCCCAACUGGGCUAACAAACGACAAGAGGCAUGUAGAAUUCAAUAUCAUUUCAGGUACAUCAAUGUCAUGUCCCCAUGUAAGUGGGUUGGCUGCACUCAUCAAGGCUGCUCACCAGGACUGGAGUCCAGCAGCCAUUAAGUCCGCUCUCAUGACCACAGCCUAUGCAACAUACAAAAAUGGGGAAAACUUAUUAGACGUGGCUACAGGACAACCAUCUACGCCAUUCGAUUAUGGAGCUGGACAUGUAAAUCCAGUAGCAGCCCUUGAUCCUGGCCUUGUCUAUGAUGCCACUGUUGAUGACUAUAUAAGCUUCUUUUGUGCUUUAAACUAUAGUGCAUCAGACAUUAAACAAAUCACAACUAAAGACUUCAUUUGCGACUCAAGCAAGAAAUACAGCCUGGGGGAUCUUAAUUACCCAUCGUUCUCUGUUCCACUACAAACUGCUUCAGGCAAGGAGGGCGGAGCUGGGGUGAAAAGUACAGUCAAAUACACCAGGACUCUGACAAAUGUUGGUGCUCCAGCAACAUACAAGGUUUCGAUGACAUCACAAACUACAUCUGUUAAGAUGUUAGUUGAGCCAGAAUCCCUGAGCUUUGCCAAAGAAUAUGAGAAAAAGAGUUACACAGUGACUUUUACUGCUACAUCCAUGCCCUCCGGUACGAACAGCUUUGCUCAUCUGGAGUGGUCAGACGGGAAGCAUGUUGUCCGGAGUCCAAUAGCUUUCAGCUGGACAUGAUCCGAAAUCUUGAAGAAAUCCCAUAAAUGAUUAUCAUUCAUAGGACAUGUGCCUGAAUUUCUGUGUAUUUUUAAUCUCUUCUCUGAUGUUCCAACAAAUGUGCCGGUUGAACCAGCUGUAACGUUUAUAUUUGCUCUCUGAGGUGAUCAGGGGACGUAGAAAAAAAAGGGAGAAUAAUUGUACAGAAGCCCAUGGAAAGAAUUGCAUGUGAACUGAAAAUGGAUCUCCAGUUGUCUUUA